UUCAACUCAACUGUUGCUGCAGUCUUUACGAUAAAGAUGUCUUUGAACUUUAACGCCCUUGAGCAACACCUAACUACCAGAUCUUAUAUUGAGGGGUACACGCCCUCUCAAGCAGACGUCCACGUUUACAACUUGCUCACGGCACCGGAGCCAUCGAAAUACCCGCACUCUGCCAGAUGGUACUCGCAUAUCAAGUCUUAUACUGCGGAGCAUGCAGCUUUGCCUGGCACAAGCACUGCUGGGCAGGCUUUCGUUCAAUCGGCAUCGGCUCCUGCUGCUGCUGCUGAUGAAGACGAAGUUGAUCUCUUCGCUGAUGACGAUGAAGAAGAUGACGGAGAGGCAGAGAGGCUCAAAGCAGAGCGUGUUGCCGCUUACAAUGCGAAGAAAGCUAAUAAACCCAAAGCAGCUGCGAAGUCUGUUGUGACCUUGGAGGUUAAGCCUUGGGAUGACGAAACCGACAUGCAAGCACUUGAGGACUCUGUACGUUCCAUCGAGCAGGAAGGUCUUGUUUGGGGUGCCAGCAAACUAGUCGCUGUCGGCUAUGGCAUCAAGAAACUCCAAAUCACCCUGGUUGUUGAGGAUGAACUCGUCUCCUUGGAUGAUCUACAGGAGAAGAUCGCUAGUUUUGACGACUACAUCCAGAGUUCUGACAUUGCUGCCAUGCAAAAAUUGUAAUCAUACUGGGAGUUGAUGAGCGCGAGAUUUUGUAAGCUGUAACAGACCGGUUAAGAAGCAUCAUUAUAGGAAAUGAGAAGGUUUUGUGCGAUAUAAUCAUUGUUAAUGUGCGUGACGAAUGUGCUGGUGUUGUUUGGUAAGCCAAUUAAACGGACGCACACAACAGAUGCUCCUUGUAAGACAGUCCCAACCACAUGAGAAGUUGACUUGUUCGUCGCACAAUAUUGUCCUACCACAUGUACAAAAUGCACAUUAACAUUGAUCGUGAAUUCCAGGUCAUUUACAUACAGAGAAGAGAUAGUUGCUGUGU